GGAAAAAGCGCCAACUUCUGCUGCACCGUCUGGAUGGUCAAACAGGCUGUAAAUGACUCUAAAACUGGAUAUUCCGUGACAUUUAUCACACUUCAGUCUGAAAUGACUCAUUCAGUGAGGUGCGCUGUUGCAUCUCUGUAGAGGAAUAAAACUCGCCACCAAAGUACUGGUAGAAAAGAUGCCAGGUCUGCAGGGGGAAACUGUUGUGGCGGCGAUGGGGAGUCCCAUCAAGAAGAGCAAACUGUCUCUGAAGUUCCUCCAGAAGAAAGAAACUAAACGAGUUCUGGAUUUCUCUGAACCUCAAACAGAUGAACCCAAAACAGUUGAACAGGUGGAGUCUGAGGCCAGCAGCAGCAGCUGUGAUCAGGUGGUCCCUGCCCCCCCUCCAUGUCCAGCCUCACCUGGCCUUCUCCUGCCACCUGAAAAGAGAGAGACCUUGGUGCCAUUUGUGGGGCUCAACAACUUGGGAAACACCUGCUAUUUGAACAGUAUCUUACAGGUUCUGUACUACUGCCCAGGGCUCAGAGAAGGAAUUAAGAAACUGUACAACUUGUCCAAAAGAAAGGAGAAACCAAAGGAAGAAACGGAUAAAGGCGAAGAGCAGUCAGAAGUUGCUGCAGAGGAUUUGCCAACUCAAAUUGAGCUUCUCGGGAGCUUUAAUAGUCUGAUAACAUCAGUGGAACAGCUGCAGUCCAGCUUCCUGUUAAACCCUGACAGCUUCAGUGAAGGAGAACUCGCUACACCGCCUCGAAAAAUACUCCACACUCUCAGGCAGCUGAACCCCAUGUAUGAAGGCUAUCUUCAGCAUGACGCCCAGGAGGUGCUGCAGUGCAUUCUGGGUUACAUCCAAGAGGCUUGUGACACCAUGAGGAAGGAGCAGGAGUUGGAGAGGGAGGGAGACGACAAGACUGAGGUUAAACUUGAGAAUGGUGUCCAUUUGGGUUCCAGCAGCUCUGCGACAGAAUCCAAAACUCCCACAGAAGAUGACAGCCAAGUCAGCGGCAAGAGAAAGAGUGACACUGAAGUGGGAAAUGCCAAAAAGAAGCCCAAAUCUGUCACAUCUAAGAAAACCGAUGCUGAAGUUAACAGACCCCUCACUCGCUCAAAAAGGAAGUCCUCCAGCGACAUCACGAUGGACAGCACCGGAGACAAAGGUGGGGAGGAGGCAGAGGAUGAAGGGAUGAAAAAGUCGAACAGGGAGGAGGAAAAAGGAAGUGACAGCGAGGGGAAAAGUGAAAAAGCAUCCAAAGAGGCAGAUGGGAAAAGAAAAAAGAGGUCUAAGCUGAGCUGGCUGAGGCCAUCUGGGAAACAACCAAGUAUUUUCUCCAAGUUCCUCAGUGUGGGGAAGAUCAGCUCUGCGAGGAACCAAAACAAACCAGAGCAGGAGAACGAGCGGACUGACGACCAGAGUCCCAAAAAGAAGACCAGCGAGGAGAGAUCAGAGAACAUGUCUGAAGACAAGAGGGCAGUAAAACUUCAAGACGGCCUGGACCUGAUGGAGCACUUGUUCCAGGGCCGGCUGGUUUUGAGGACUCGGUGUCUGGAGUGUGAGAGCUUCACAGAGAGGAGAGAAGACUUUCAGGACAUCAGCGUACCGGUGCUCGAUGACGAACCCAGCAGUCCGGACGACUUCUCUGAGGUCUCUCCGGAUCCUAAACCAGAGCUGAAAACUCUGAAAUGGGCCAUCGCCCAGUUUGCUUCAGUGGAGCGCAUCGCUGGUGAGGACAAAUACUUCUGUGAGACGUGUCAUCACUAUACAGAGGCUGAGAGAAGUCUGCUGUUUGACAAAACUCCUGAAGUGAUCACUAUUCACCUGAAGCGCUUCUCUGCCAACAGCUUAGACUUGGACCCAUACGCAGGUCUGUCUAAAGUAAACACUCCCUUGCAGACACCUUUGACCUUGUCUCUGGACGAAUGGUGCACCCGGCCCUCGUCUACAAAGGGUCAACACUAUCAGCUUUUUGCUGUAGUCAUGCACAGUGGCGUCACCAUCAGCAGUGGCCACUACACCGCGUACGUCCGCAUGUCUGAUCUGAAAGAUGUAAAGCUCUGGCAUGGGGAGAGAAAGGAGAGCGAGGAAGAUGAGAAGGAAAGUAAAGAGGGACCACAGGUGAAAGACGAAGUGCUGGACUAUGAUGACGGAGAGGUGUCCUUCAGCCUGAAUGCGAGGGGACAGAGAGGUGCGAGUUUGGCUAGCAGCAAAACAGGAGGAAAGAAGCUGUCAGAGGGUGUGGUUGGACUCCUGGGAGGCCAGAGGAGUCUGUCUAGUUGUGACAUUGGGAGCAGCAGCAAACAUGUGGAAAAAGCAGCCAGCAGUGGAUCCACAGAGGGAUUCAAAUGGAGGAUACCCAUCAGCAGCUUGGGCCAAAAUACUGAACCGGGGCUUAACAAGGAGGCCACAGUGGGAGAGGAGGCAUCAAUGGCUUCCUGUGGGCAGCAGGCUUUGAAUAACCUCCUUGAAUAUGAGGGCAAAUGGCUGCUGUUUGACGACUCUGAGGUGCGUUUGUUUGAAGAGGAGGAUUUCCUUCGAGCCUGCUCUCCUGAGACAUACUCUUCAUCCACACCUUACCUGCUGUUCUACAGAAGGAUGCCUGGACCUGAACACUAACAUGAACACAAAGGCCGCUGUUGAUUCAGGGGCCUGGGAUAUACGGACCUUUUGGCAGGUGAGCACCCAGACAAGGUACAGUUGUAUUUUGCAAUGCCACAAAGAGUGCCAAACAUACUGUGGCUGCCAUAUAAAUAACUAACCUGAAGAUGCUUUUCAGAGCAAACAGUCUGGUGUCAUUAUUGGACUCACGUCAGAGAUGUUCAUAAGCCUAUUUUGGUUCAAAGUCAUAUUUUAGUAAUACUCAAAUGGGGAUUGAUCUUCUAUGAGCUGGGAAUACUGAAGCUAAUUUGAGACUUUUUGGAUGUGACUCUGGCCUCUGUAGACUGAGUACAGUGAUCUUUUUGCUGUCUGUACUAUUAUUUCUUGGACACUGGCUUUGAUACAUUUUUCUGCCAUUGUCUGCAUGUCCUUUUUUUAAUGUUUUCUCAGCUAUUGAGUUUGUAUGAUUCCUUUUUACAAAUUGGAAAAGCACUUUUGAACUAAAAGUCAGUGAAAAGCAAAAUGUUGAAGAAUGUCUUAUUCUAGCUGAAUACUUUUCUAAAAUUGAUACUGCAUAUGUGGAAUAGAACUAAAAGCCAAACCAAAAGCCAGAUAUCCUCUACUUUGUCAAAGCAAUACAUACUUAAUGAAGUUGCUGAGAAACAAUAUGCUGUGGGUUUUUUUUCCUGCAAUAUUUUUUUUGUAGUUUUAAAGACAAGCCUUUACCCACCUCCAUUGCCACCUUUCCAAAAAGUUUGUUUUGCACUGAUUCCUUAUGUUUUCAAUACAUUUGAAGCCUAAAAUUGAAGCCAUCUAUGCUCGAAAAACUUAAGUGUUGUACUGAUUUGUGUACAAUAAUGCCAAAUUUUACAUAAAAACUCACUACUACUGUUAAGUUAAAUGUUAAAAUGUUCAGUAUAUAAAAUACGCCAAGCUUAUACCUACUGUUUUAAUAGUUAAUACAAAAAUAGUUUAAGCAGGGUUUCUAAGUGUGUUGCUCAGCCUAGACAGCUCAGCCAAGGAGCUUUUUCAAGGUGCCAAUUGAGUGUGAAGAUUUGUAGAACUUAAAUAUUUUUUUAGUUAACUUUCAGGUUUUUAUAAGAUUCGUUUGGCAACAUUAUGAAAAACCGCCUUGUUCAUCUUUCAUAUCCACUUUAGUGUGUAGUUAACAAUUGGCUUAUUUAAAUGUGCAAACCAGCAUCUAAAGCUCCUAAACUCUUGACUCUGACAGCAUGAUUAGCCUUCCUCCAUUUUUGUUCUACUUGUUCUAAGGACCAAACAAUUAAACAAGCACAAAACAUGUGAGCAGAAAGACACAUGAUUUGAGUGUUAUUGAUUCAAUUGCUUGCUAUCUUAAUAAGUUUAGUUUUGGUUAAUAAGAUGGAGCAUUUUCUUUAUGCCGGUCUUGCUCUGUGCUCAUGUGAACUCAAGAAAUGACAUUCCUAUUGAUGAAGGAUUGCCUUUGUUUUGUACUUGUUCAGUGUUUCUUUUGUAUUAACAUUUAGGAGCUUUGCACGUAAAAAAAAAAUCACACUAUUUAAAAUAUAGUUUAAAAUAUUCUGUUAAAGUGAGAUUGUUAAUUUAGGUUCCACAGCAGUGUUUAUUGGUCCAAUCAUGGUUUCAGGGAUUGAAUCAGUUAUUAUUUAGCUGCGCGAGUAAUACUCAUAAUGGGCCAGUGUACAUUCAUGGGAACAGUUUACAGAGCAAGUUUUGGAUUCUAAUCAAGUGCUUAUAGAUCCAGUUUAGUGUGACAGCCCAACUAAGUUGUUUUGUCUCCUUUAAACUGUACCUCAUUCCAGCUGUAAUUAUAUUAAUGUGGCAGGUUCAUUCUAUAAGCAAUAAAGUUUUUACCUUCACA